AUGGUAGACAUGAAUUCUGCCAUGCGGUCUUGGUUUUCGGUAAAUCUUGGGCUUGACGAGUCCAAGUGGGCGACGGACAUCCGCCUGUCGCUCCCUGGGCCAUGGAUGCUCGCUGGAGUGGUCGUCUUCCUCAUCCUCUCCGCUAUCGCAUCCGUGGUCCUCGCGCGGCUGGGUCUUCGCCGCGCAUUCUCUCUGGUUCAGCACAUGGGUCUUCUGUCUGGGACGACUUCAUUGUCAGCUCUCGGGAUCAUCUGUGUGCUGUCUGUCCUUCGGGACUCGUCGGUGCUUGUGUCUCUGGUCUGGCUGGGUGUGCAUGUCUCCGUGUCUGGGACGCGUGGUAGCGGUGCACUCAAGUCAUGGUUGGGCUGUCUGGUGUUGUGGGCUGCCGUCGUCAGUGUCGGCGGCGUGUCUGCCAUUGGACUGGUCAACGCGUCAAGACAUCAAUCUACACAGCAACGCGGUCUCGGACGGCUCGUGCUCUGGAUAUGCGGACCUACUUCGGUGUUCUGGGUCAAUGCCAUGCUGCAGUACUACUCAUGGAGCCGGUCUGCUGGAUGUCACUGGUUGGCGUCUGGCACUCUCGAUCCUUGGAUGCAUGUGACAUGGUCUCCAUCGGAAUUGGUUCGUCCGGCGCAGGAGUGGCUCUGGGGCCAGCUGUACCGAGUCGCAGGCUACAGCAAGGACACGUCGCGCACCGCUCGGACGGCCAUCGUACGCGUGAUCACGCUUGUGGAGGCGUACGGAUUGGUCAAGUUGGGCGUCGCGGGGUACAUGCCGUGUACGUCGACGUCAGUGUUCUGGGUCACACAGUACAGCGCGGUGUCGACGACGGUGAUAUACUGCGGGCUGUGGUGGUGCGACAUCGUGAUUCGCGAGAGGUGUGCGCCUCGGAGCGGUGUUCUCCCCUCGCCGCCAUCCUCGACAGUACUGUCGGAUGAUGAGUCUGACUGGCACAGCGACCUGGACCUGUGGUCUUCAGACUCUGAGGACGGCUUCAGUGGCAGCGAUAGCGACGACGACGACGAUGAGUUCUUCACUUCUCGUCCUUGUACUCCCACGCUGCGCGCCGGAUGGACCUACACUUCCGGCACGUCUACUGGCGUCGUCAGCGCAGAGGCCUCGGGCUCAGGUCUGAGCGUCGUGGACAAGCUCGAUGCUGUGAUGUGCAAGAGCGCGCUCGACACGACGGCGACAAGGACUGACGCCGACGUCAACGAUGAGACGUCGAAAGCGCAAUCAGACAUCGCAGCGAUGAUGGCCGACACACAGGCAAUGGUGCUCGAGGAACUGCUGAGGACUGUCGAAGGCGAUGUGGAGCGUGGCAACUUCCGUCUGGAGGAGCUUGCUGCCGAGGCUGAGGAGGUCGUUGGGCAGCUUGAGCAUGCUCGUCAGGCGACAGCAGACGCGAAGGAGAUCCAGACGGUCUCUUGUCGAGAGAUCGAGAACACGAAUGGACGCGUGCAGGACCUCGAGGCAAGCAUCUCGAUGCUGGAUGGCACUGGCAAGGAUGCGGAAGAGCAGUUCCAGCGGGAGAAGGCUGCGAUCGAGGCGCUGAUGGACGAGGUGCAACGGGAUGCGGGAGUUGCAGCUCGUGGUCUGGAGAGCGAGGUCGAGUGCGCUCGUGCAGAGUGCGAUGCCAAGGAUAAGCUGGCAAUGUCGCUCGAGGAGCGCAUUGGGCAGGUUGCGCGAGAGCAUCAGGACAUGCUCCAGCACCUGCAGUGCGAGAGGCAGCUGGUCGAGGACGAGGUCAAGCUAGUGCGUGAGGAGGUAGCAGCAAAGGGAUGUGCUAUGGAGAGGAAGGGCGUUGCCGUUGAGCAGGCGCAGGCUGAGCACGCUCAGAUCAAGCAUGAGUACGACGCGGAGGUCAUGGAACGGUCUGGGGUUGUCAAGCAGCUUGAGGUCGAGGUCGGUGCGAAGACGUCCGAAUUGAAGGUCGGCCGGGGUACCCUGGAUUCCAUCGAGGAGGAAAUCGGCACGUUCAAGGCGCACUGCUCGGGGCUCGAGCAGACUCAGCUGCAGAACCAAGCAGAGAAGGAAACCAUUGAAGCAGCCUUACAAGUCGUCAAGCAGGAGGUUGAAGCCAAGGAAUACUCCCUGCGUGAACUGGCUCUGGAGGUUUCCAGAGUGACGCGAUCCUGCAAUGAGUUGACGGAGCGACUCGACGCUGAGGAGAGCAGCCUCGAACUCCAGCGCACAAAGGCACACUUCGCCGAGGAGACACGCAAGGACAAGAUCAGCCAACUCGAGGCGAAGCUGGCCGUUUCUGACGCUACGAACGAGCAGCUGGUCGCUGACCUCACCACGGAGCAGGCCCUCCUCGAGAACGAGGACAUCGAGCUCACUCAGGAGCAGGUGGGCCUCGAACAGCGAACAGCGGAGCUCAAGGCCCAGGGCGCCGAGCUCGAGACGCGAGCAAGCGGUGUUCAGGACGACAUUGUCGCGCUCGAGGACACCCACUGCAGCGUCCAGGAUGAAGUGGCUGUGCUCAAGGAGCAGACUUUGAUCCUGGCAGAUGAGACGCGCAGGGCGGAGGAGCUGUUCGAGGGAACGCUGGAAGAUGACCGAUGUGUUCUGACGGAGUUGGAGGAGGAGGAGGCGGAGCUCAAGGCCGCUCUGGGCGAGGUGGACGCGAGCGAGCAGCGCCGGAUUGAAGCACUCCGGGAGCAGCUCCCGCAGCUGUACGAGCAGUACAUCUCGGCUGGGCGCGGCUAGACACAUGGAUACCGGUAGGAAGUUUCAGCCAACAGCCAUAGGUUCACACUGGGAGAUCUGGUCCGCUGGCAAGGUAUGCGGGCACAUCUCGGGUCAUUGAAGUGUAUAAUCCAUGGGAUGUACGCAUGGCUUAAAUUUAUCCUCGUGUGUUGGUUACUUGGUGACUC